AGUUGAGCUUUUAGUACAAACAAAAAGAUAUUUAUGCUUUGUGUAAUUGGAAACGAACGACUCUUGAAAAUAUUUUAACAGGAAUUUUGUUACUAAAAAAAAUAAAAUGGAAGAUGAUGGAAUACCAGUAACCAGUAAUUUUUUAAAAGAUCCUCUGUCCUUGGGAGAUCUUAUAAGUAGCGGUGCAAGUUUCGAAAUAAACACAAACUUCGAUGAGGGCUUUACCAAUGAUAUAUACGAUGAACUCAAUAUCGGUUCUGAUGAAGAACAAGACGAUGGCAAAAGUCCGUUUGAUCGAACAGAGCUUGUAUCACCUUGGACCGAACCAUUUGAGGAUUUAAAACCGCGCAUGCAAAAGCUAAACGAACACGUGUGGAAAAAGAUAACAAAAGUUGGCAUAGAACAAGAACCGGUCGUUCCGCAUAAUGCAAGAGUUUGCAUACGUUAUAAUGCUUAUUGGGAAGGUGAAGGCGCCCCUUUUGAUUCGAGUUUUCUUCGAGGUUCAUCUUAUAGCUUCUAUACGGGCAGAGAUGAAGUGUUGGAAGGUCUAGAAGUUGCAGUUCGCACCAUGCAUAAAGGAGAGCAUGCACAAUUUGUGAUCUCAUAUCACUUGCUAUUUCGUGAAAUGGGUUGUCCUCCUCGAGUUAAACCCAAAGCUGAUGGGUUAUUUAUAAUUGAAUUAGUUUCUUAUAAUUUGGUUGGCGAUAUCGAUGCCGAGCAACAAAUACCCGAACAAGAUCGCAACAAGUACUCAAUAGUUAUUGACAAAGUUAAAGAAAUUCAUUUAAAGGGUCUGGAUUUCUUUAGUCAAGGAACCUAUCGCAACGCAUGCAGAGCCUUUGAAAAGGCCGUUGAUAUUCUGAAAUUCUGUCGGCUGGCAAAUGACCAAGAAGAAAAAGAACAAAGUUCAUUUUUAAUAAAACUUUAUACAAAUUUAGCGGUCUGUUAUAACAAAACGAAUGUUCCCAGCAAAACGUGUUUAAUAUGCAAAGAAAUUCGCGAUUUAACAAAUAAUAAACCCUCAUGUAAAGCUCUGUUUCAAGAAGGCCGAGCCUAUCUAAUGUUGGGAGAAUAUGAGAAAGCACGGCAUCUUUUAGUGACAGCACAACACAUGGAACCUCAUAAUGUAGAUAUUGGCAAAGAAUUAAAGAUAUUAGAUGAUUGUUACAAACGCUAUAAGGAGAAUGAGCGUAACAUCUGGACAAAGGCCAUAGGCAUUAUAAAGACUGUUAAACAAACGAAUGACAAAGCAAAGAAUGGCGACGAAGAUCUUUUUACGUUGAAAGAGGAAAUGAUGAAGUUAAUGUCUGAAUUUAAGGAAGAUAAGGAACAAAAUAAUUUGAAAUUGCCAGCCGGUCUAACCAAUAAAGAAAUAGAAACUGUUGAUGAGUUAGCUAAACUAUUGGACCUGAAGUUGACUUUAAAUCCCUUAGAUAACAGCAGUUAUACGGUAAUUAAAAAGAAAUAAUCUGAAAAAUGUUUUAUGCUUAUUUUUUCCUAUUUUUUUUUAUUUUUUAAUAUUACUUAAGUUAUUUUUUUUGAAUUUAUUUAAAAAUUAAUUUUUUUGCAAGGAUUUAUGAACCUAUUAUUAUUAUUAUUUUAUUUAUGUAGAUUGGGAAAAAUCAUUUAAAUUUCUUUAUUAACUAUUCAUCAUUUUUACAACUUUUGAAAAUAUUAAAUAUAAAAAUCUGAGAUUUCAUUUACAAAGGUUAACCACAAACCUUUAGUACAAACUUUGUUAUAUCAAAAAUAAAUGUUACUGAGACCGUAUGAAUCCUCUUUUUCAAAUAACUUUCGAUUUGCAAUUAAAAAGUGUUUAUUUAAAUAAUGUUUGUAUUUUUUUACAACAUAGAAUAAAAGUUUAUUAAAAAACAAAAA